AGCCGGAGCCGCAGCAAAGAGCCGCUGGUGCUGGCCAAGGAAGGCGUGGCCACUUGGUACAGCUGCGGGCCCACCGUGUACGACCACGCGCACCUGGGGCACGCCUGCUCCUAUGUUAGGUUUGAUAUAAUCCGAAGGAUACUGACUCGUUUUUUUGAAACUGAGGUUAUCAUGGUGAUGGGGAUUACAGACAUAGAUGACAAGAUCAUAAAAAGAGCCAAUGAGAUGAAUAUAUCGCCAGCAGCUCUUGCUCGUAUUUAUGAAGAAGACUUUAAACAAGAUAUGGCAUCCUUAAAGGUCCUUCCUCCUACAGUAUAUAUGAGAGUGACUGAAAACAUUCCUCAGAUAAUUUCCUUCAUAAAAACAAUAAUUGCUAAGGGACAGGCUUAUGCAACUUCUCAAGGGAAUGUUUAUUUUGAUGUACAGUCUUGGGGAGAAAGGUAUGGAGUAUUAACUGCUAUUUCUCCUGAUACACAAGGUGAAGCAGUGGACACCGAUAAGCGGCAUGGUAGAGAUUUUGCCCUGUGGAAAGCUGCCAAACCUCAAGAGUUAUCGUGGGCUUCUCCCUGGGGAAAGGGAAGGCCUGGGUGGCACAUUGAAUGCUCCACGAUAUCAAGUGCAGUGUUUGGAAAGCAACUGGACAUCCAUUCCGGUGGAAUAGAUCUCGCAUUUCCUCAUCACGAAAAUGAAAUUGCACAGUGCGAGGUGUAUCAUCAGUGUGAGCAGUGGGGGAAUUAUUUUUUGCACUCUGGGCAUUUGCACGUGAAAGGAACCCAAGAAAAAAUGUCCAAGUCACUAAAAAACUACAUAACAAUUAAGGAUUUUCUGAAGAAAUUUUCCUCGGAUCAGUUCAGGAUGUUCUGUUUGCGCAGCAGAUACAGCUCAGCUGUAGAAUUUAGCGAUGAGACCAUGAAUGAUGCCAAGAACAUUCUCCAGGCAAUCUCCUCAUUUAUUAGAGAUGCAAAUGCUUAUAUAAAAGGACAGCUGGUGUGUGACCCUGUUAGAGAAGAUGUACUGUGGGAAAGGCUGGCCAGCACAAAGGUAGACGUGAAGGCUGCGUUUGCAGAUGACUUUGACACCUCCAGGGCUGUUGCGGCAAUUAUGGACCUCAUUCACCAUGGCAACAGACAGCUUAAGGCUGUUACUAAGGAUGUUGGAUCUCCCAGAAGCUCGGUUGUGUACGGCAGCAUUACUUCCUAUAUAGAAAGCUUCUUUAGUGCCCUCGGGAUGUCCUUUGAAGAAAGACAGGUUGCAGUGGGAGGAGGAAGCACAGCUCUGCUCUCCAAUGUGAUGGAUGAGCUCGUGAGCUUCCGCAGGAAGGUCCGUAACUAUGCUCUUGUGCUGCCAGAAGCCACAGAGACUGUGCAAAUGGAGGCAGGUGCUGUGGGAGCCGAAGGACCAAAACAAGAACAGAAAGAAAAGAGACGGCAAUUGAUGCAGGAGAGAAAACCCCUCCUGGAGGCCUGUGACAGCCUGCGUGGAGACCUCGCUGCCUUCGGAAUCCACAUUAAGGACAGAAGCGCUGCGUCGACGUGGGAAAUGGCGGAAGGCAGGCGGGCCGAGCAGCGGGCUGAGGAGAAAAGCUGAGCCUUCAGCGCUGGACAUGUGGUUUUAGCUGCUGUCUCGUAAAUACUACUACAAUCCAAAUAAAAUCUUAAGGCGUAAUCUUUUCA